AUGGAGGCAGGCGAGAUGGUCAUCCGAUUGCCGGGCCGGUCCAGUUCGCCUUGCGGCUUCGGAGAAACCACGGUGCUCCGGCACAAGGAGGUUCACCAUUUCUUUUUCGUCCCUUUCAGGGAGCAACCUGUGUACAGCACCCGAGCACACGUCUUCCAGAUCGACCCUAACACCAAGAAGAACUGGGUCCCCACCAGCAAACAUGCUGUCACUGUCUCCUACUUCUACGACAGCACCAGAAAUGUCUAUAGGAUCAUCAGCCUGGAUGGGUCGAAGGCAAUAAUAAACAGCACUAUCACCCCGAACAUGACUUUCACAAAGACGUCACAGAAAUUCGGGCAGUGGGCAGACAGCCGUGCCAACACAGUGUAUGGAUUAGGCUUCUCCUCAGAACGUCACCUCGCCAAGUUUGCAGACAAAUUUGCAGAGUACAAGGAAGCAGCCCGCCUAGCGAAAGAGAAGUCUUUAGAGAAGAUGGAACUUACAAGCUCCCCUUCUCAGGAAUCAGCGCCGGGUGACAUCCAUUCACCCUUGACCCCACCGGUGACGUCUGACCUCUGCCGGAUUAAUGGCACUGGUGAUGAUGUCACUCUAUCAGACAUGUCUCCAAAUUCUGAGGUUCCAUCGGAGUCGUCACAGAAUACACCUUCGCUCGCUCACAGCCCCACUGUAACCAAGCACUGGGAAGCUGAGUUAGCAGCACUGAAGAGCAACAACGCUAAACUAACGGCAGCGCUCCUGGAAUCUACGGCCAACGUCAAACAGUGGAAGCAGCAGCUGGCGGCUUAUCAAGAGGAAGCGGAGAGACUGCACAAAAGAGUAACAGAACUAGAAUGCAUGAGUGGACAAGCCAAUGUCAUCAAAUCACACAAAACAGAACUCAACCAAACCAUAGAGGAGCUGGAACUGACUCUGAAAGCUAAAGAAGAGGAGAUGGAAAAGUUGAAAGAAGAAAUGGAAAACGCCAAAGUGCUACAAUCGGAAAAAGAUGCACUCACUGAGAAAUUGCAGGAGACGGACACGCGGAAUAAGGACCUGGAGACACGGCUAGCCGAUCUGGAGCAGCGACUGGAGGCUAGCCAGGCAGAACAGGACACCUUCCGGAAGAAUCUAAAGACCCUUCUAGAAAUCCUGGAUGGAAAGAUCUUCGAGUUGACCGAGCUGAGGGACAACCUGGCCAAGCUGAUUGAGGGUAGUUAA